AUGGAUGCAGAAGAGAUUCCUUGUAAAAAAUCCAAGUCUAGCAAUGGAACUGUACCACCAACAAAGGAUGAUGAGCCAUCUGACGAUAAGGACAAUAAAACAAACGAUGUGAAUAAUACCAACACCACCGCAUCAGAUGCACCCUCACCAAUCACAGCUCCAACAGUAAAACAACGACCGAAAAUCACAUGUAAAAAUCCCAAAUAUAGUUACAUUGAAACUGGUGGUAAGAAGUUUGUUUGGAAAUCCCUAAAACAAAUAGUUACCCAAGAGAGAGCAUUACCAUGGCCGGAAGAUGUAGUUUUGUAUAAUUCUCUUAAUGCACCUCCGUCGUUAAAACCGGCCAAAAAAUAUUCUGAUAUUUCCGGAUUGGAAGCACCAUAUACAGAUCCACAGACAAAACUACAUUAUCACAAUGCCGAAGAAUUUCGCAUCAUAAGAACACUACCUUCCGAUAUUAUACAAGGAUAUUUAGCACUGAGAGGUGCAACUAAUAUUGUAGGUUAGAAAUAUGAUUUAU